GUCUUGACAACUUCCUCUACAGCAGAAACAUGUGAGAGAACGUGCCUUAUUACAACUGCACUGUUUACAAUCCUACAACCACGCGCUUAUAUUUAACAAUAUCUACCAUAAUCAGGAAUCAAGCGGGUUGUUUUAGAGACUAUCGCAGGCUGUGAAGAACAGUCGGGCUGAACUCGCCGUGAAAAUGCCUGCGGUGACUUUAUUUGUCAGGAGAUUACCUGAAACCGCCAGCAAUGAGCAUCUGGCAGAAAUAUUCUCUGAAAUAGGACCACUCAAGAAUUGCUUCGUAGUCUGUGAUAAAGAGAAAAAAUGCCGUGGCUUUGGAUAUGUGACGUUCUCCAUGGAAGAUGAUGCACAGCGGGCAUUAAAAGAAGUCAAAUUGUAUGAUGACCAGAAGAUAUUCGUAACUGUGGCCAAGAAAAAACUUGAUGAUAAGAAAAGGAAAAAAAAUGCCAAAACUAAUAAAGAUUCAGGAGAUACGGAGGAAUCUCAGAAAUCAGGAGAGACAAAAAACACUGAAAAGAUUCCAAGCCCAACGAAGAAAAAAGAAAACGGUUGGCUGAUCAUCAGAAAUCUAAGUUUUAAGUGUGAAGAUGAUGAGCUGAAGCAGAUCUUCUCUAAGUUUGGAACAGUGCUUGAGACAAGGAUUCCCUUAAAACCAGAUGGGAAGAAAAAAGGUUUUGCAUUUGUGCAGUUUAAGUGCGUGUCUGAAGCUGAAAAAGCUCGGGCAGCGAUGAACAGAAAGGCAAUUAGAGACAGACCGGUGGAAGUGGACUGGACUACAUCAAACACCGAAUCAGCAGAUCCAGAAGAUACAGAGGAACCUCACAAAGCAGAAGAAACCACCAGUACUGAAAAGUUUAAAGGCAUAAGAAAGAUCAAAUUGAAAUCUCGGCUGAUCAUCAGAAAUCUCAGCUUUAAGUGUGAAGAAGAUGAUCUGAAACAGAUCUUCUCUGAGUUUGGAACAGUGCUGGAGGCCAAGAUUCCCCUAAAACCAGAUGGGAAGAAAAGAGGCUUUGCAUUUGUGCUGUUCAAGCGCAUGCCAGAAGCUGGAAAAGCACUGACUGCGAUGAACGGAAAGAAGAUUAAAGACAGACAGGUGGCGGUGGACUGGGCAAUAGCGAAAGACAAGUAUCUCGCCACCCAAUCAGCUUCAGCAGCUGGAAAUAUCAAAGAAGAGAAUGUGACUGGAAAAGUUGAAGAAGCUGAUGAAAAUAAAGACGCAAAGAAAAAGUCCAUAUCCAAGAAAAGUGACUCGUCAGAGGAUGAAGAUGAUGAUGAUGAUGAUGAUGAUGAUGAUGAUGAUGAUGAUUCCAGUGGCAGUGAAAUGGAUGAUGCAGAAAAUGAAUCUCAACAGUCAGAUGAUGAGGACGAUGAUGACGACGAUGAUGAUGAUGAUGAUGAUGACAGUGAAGGAAAAACACCUUCAAAGAAGAAGAGAAACCCUCUUCCUUCUGAUGUGAAUGAAGGAAGAACCAUCUUCAUCAGAAACCUGUCAUUUGACUCUGAAGAAGAGGGUUUGGAGGAGGUUUUGCUGCAGUUUGGCGAGCUUAGUUAUGUCCGUGUGGUGAUGAACCCUGACACGGGAGUUUCAAAAGGUUGUGCUUUUGCUCAGUUCAAAAGUAAAGAAGCUGCAGAGAAAUGUAUCGCUGCUGCUCUAGAUGAAAAAGAGUUCAGUGGCAUUAAGUUGGACGGCAGGAGAUUGAACAUUUUGAUGGCUAUAAACAGAGACGAUGCUGCCAAAUUUAAGGACAAGAAAGUGAAAACUCACACCGGCUCUAGAAACCUUUACCUGGCCAGAGAGGGCUUGAUCCGUGCCGGAACCAAGGCUGCAGAGGGAAUUUCAGAAGCUGACAUUGCAAAAAGGACAAGAUUUGAAGAGCUGAAGCGGGCAAGAUUAAAGGAUAUUAACGUCUAUGUGUCUAAAACACGGCUGUGUGUUCACAAUCUGCCCAAGAGUGUUGAUAAAAAUAAAUUGUUCAAUCUCUGCGUCUCGGCUGCUGGUGGAAAAGGGGUCCGCAUCAUUGAGUGUCGUAUAAUGUAUGACAAGAAGCCGGUUAAGGGUCAGGUGAUGGGUCAAUCUCUAGGAUAUGGCUUUGUGGAGUUUCAAGAACACGAACAUGCUAUACAAGCCCUACGUCACCUCAACAACAACCCAGACAUCUUUGGACCGCAAAAGAGGCCUAUAGUGGAGUUCUCAUUGGAGGAUGGCAGGAAGCUGAAAAUUAAAGCCAUUCGUCUGGAAAACAGCAAGAAGGGACUCAAACAUGACAGAAGCCAAAAAGCAGAACAGCCACAGCAGCUUAAAGGAAAAACGAAAGGUCUCUUGCAGAAAGGAAAUGUUAAUGCUAGUAAGGGCAAGUUUAAAGCAGGGAAACAGGAGAUGGCACAGGGAAGCCAGUUCUCUGGAUUUAGAACCAAACCAGAGGUGGAACAUGUUGAACUAAAGGAUGGCAAAAAGCGGAUGAAGGUCCUUCACAUGCCUUCACAUAAAGGCCCGAAGAUAAGGAAACGUGAUAAAGGGAAACAACCUGUGGUAAAAUUGAAGAAAACGCCCAGCAGGAAAGAGAGGAACAUGUCUAAAUCCACUUCGAAAAUCAGCAUGAAUAUGAAACCUGGCAAACCUGCGAAGAGAAAAUUCCAGAACAGAGAGGACGCUCGCUUCGACAGUUUGGUGAACCAGUACAAAAACAAACUGAUGGGCAAAUCAAACACCAAAACUGCAGUCAAGAAGAGCAAAUGGUUCAGCAGCUGAGAUAAGGAACAUGUUAAUGUCUUCCAAAAUUCUCAGAGGAUGGAAUUAAAUGCUUUGGCUCCAUUGUGUUUUUAUAAAAACUGAAGGAAAAGCUGUUGAUAUCGUGAAACUUUGUUUCCUUCUGUAUUUGGAAAUCCAUGACAAGUUUCAUAUCCCGUGGUGCAGUACAGAUACAGUUUUUUUUAAAAACCUUACAAAGUUAGAGGUUUGUAGACUGGAUGAGUUGGCGGCUGUUGUCAAUAUGGACUUUGUCUACAUGUGGCUUAGCUGUCAUUAUUUAACUGCUCUCCUCAAUCUUUGAAAACAGAUGUACUUUUAUAAAUGCCAGGAGUCUAUUUCUGCCAUCCUUUGUUAAAUAACUUGUGUACUUGUUGAUAAAUUCUGAAAAAAAAAAA